ACUUUAUUACUAUUUUAUGUUUUAUUCAAUAGUCGAUUUUUAUCGAAAUAACUUAUAGGAGCAUCAAGCAGACCUAAUAAUAAUAAAAUGCAACAUUUUAGUAUGUGACCUGCACACAAACCAAUGAAAAUAGGCUGUUUACCAAACCUUUUAAUAGGCUACCCAUAUUGCUUUAGGCCUACUGUUAAAACCAACACACCAUUUUACAAAACUAAACUUAACUUAUAGGCCUAUCCUAGUUUUUACAACACUUUUUUACCUUUUUACAAAACUUUGCAGAAUGUUUUACUUCAGAACUUCAAUAAACCUUGUACAGAUACGACAUGGUUUGCAUUUCUCAGCAAAACAUUUUAAACAACCUGAAGUCCAACUCACAAAGGAUGUGUACAAGGUCAAGCGUGGAAACUAUUCUGUUCUUGACGAUUCCCACAUAAAAAAGUUUGAAAAUAUAUUAAGUCAAGAAAGAGUAUUGACGGAUGCUGAAGAACUGGAUUCCUACAAUACUGACUGGAUUAAAAUGGUCCGAGGUUAUAGCGGAAUAGUGUUGAAACCAAAGAGUACAGAAGAAGUAUCGGCUAUUCUAAGAGUCUGUAAUGAGAACAAUCUUGCUGUGUGCCCUCAGGGCGGAAACACAGGGCUGGUGGGUGGUAGUGUUCCUGUUUUUGAUGAAGUCAUAAUCUCAACGUCGUUAAUGAAUAAAAUCAUCAAAAUAAAUGAUAUACCAGGAAGCAUAGUAUGCCAGGCAGGCUGUGUGUUGGAGACAUUAGACAAUGCCUUGGCAGAUCACGGACUGAUGAUGCCUCUAGACCUCGGGGCCAAGGGCAGUUGUCACAUCGGAGGCAACAUCGCCACCAAUGCUGGAGGUCUGAGAUUGCUGCGCUACGGCAGCCUGCAAGCUAAUACACUCGGCCUUGUUGCGGUGAAGGCUGAUGGUCAAGUGGUAGACUGCAUGAACACACUCAAGAAGGACAACACAGGUUACCAUCUGAAACACCUGUUCAUCGGCUCUGAAGGAACUCUUGGAUUAGUCACUGAGGUUGCCAUCCAGUGUCCUCCAAAACCGCAGUCUGUCAGUUUAGCACUACUAGGUGUUGUUGACUUUGACCACGCAUUGAAAACUUUCCGCUUGGCUCGCUCAAUGCUUUCUGAGAUCCUUUCUUCCUGUGAACUAAUAGAUGAGAACUGCAUGCAACCUGUAGUCAACACACUCGGUGUUCGUAACCCAUUGGGCGAACAUCCGUUUUAUGUGCUAAUAGAGGUGUCAGGGUCCAACGCAGCCCAUGAUGAAGAGAAGCUGAAUGCCUUCCUGGAGAGUGCGAUGGGAGAGGAAAUCGUUGCUGACGGAACUGUGACCAAUGAACCUUCGCGAAUGCAGACCAUCUGGCAAUUGAGGGAGAGGAUUGCCGAAGCGCUGCUGAGGAAUGGAUUUGUUUACAAGUACGAUGUUUCACUGCCACACGACAGCUUCUAUCAACUGAUACCUGUCCUGCAAGACAAACUAAAAGGAACCGAUGCUAAAAUUGUCUCAGGCUACGGACAUUUAGGUGAUGGGAAUCUGCACCUGAACAUCUGUGCGCCUCAGUUCAGCCCAGAGCUGCUGGCCAAGAUUGAACCGUUUGUCUUUGAGUGGAUAAGUGAGCGAGGAGGCAGCAUCAGUGCUGAACACGGCAUCGGCUUCAAGAAGACCAAGUUCUUACGAUACUCCAAGUCUGACGCAGCCAUCCACACCAUGAGACAGAUCAAACAGCUCAUGGAUCCCAAGGGGAUUCUCAACCCCUACAAAGUUCUGCCUAUGGAAUAGUUUCUAAAUUGGUUGAUACAGUACAACCUACCAUUUUGUCAUCUGGUAUGAAACUAAGGAAUGAAUUACAGAUAGGUUGUAUUUUUCAAGUGCCUUGAACAAUCUAAGUCAAUUGCUGAUUUAACCAUGUGUCUCUAGUCUUCACUGUAGGUCUUAACCAUACUUUUUGGGUGGUAUUUGUCAGCCAAAAACACCCACUGUUAGUUUACGUUAUGUUAUUAAUGUUUACAGUUUCAUAGGACUCCAACCAUCCAAAUUGCUAACAGAAAGAAUUAAAAAAACUUAAAACCACAGUAAUAAGAAUCAUAAUUAAAGAAGGUAGAAGCCAUGAUUGCAGCAAAAUCCAAAAUCCUCUCAUGUGGUCAAGUAUUGUCUCCUGUAGUUAGGGAAACAUUGUCACUGGUUUUUGUGUUCGUGGCAAAAUCUUGCACAUCUUCCCCAGUCUUGGGACUUGGUAAUCGUCUCCCGCAGUCUUGUAGACAUUAUCUUUGUCUUCUCUUCUGCAACCACAAUAGUAAAGGUGCGUUUUCCUCCUACAUCAGUAACCACGCUGCAUGCUAUGUGGUUAAGCUCAAGAACGCAGCGCAAAAACUUUUUCCUAGAAAUCCAAUGUCCUAGGAAGCCAAUGUGUUGCGUGACUAUCAAAUUCCCUGUGCCCACAGUAGCGUUCUGCUAUGGUCGAAGACAAAGAGAUGGACGAAGGUGUAGACUUAGCCCUAGCUUUACUGUACAACAGGUGAAAAUGCUGUCGUUAAUUAACUAUUUAAAACUGAGGAUGCUUUUAGUAUUCUGAUAAAUGGGCACCCGAUGGGCGAUGAAGUAAAAUUAUGAAUAUUUUGAAUUUAGGUUAACUAACUACAGUAUCAGUGUCCCUGUCUUGUUGACUAGGUGCGUAGUGACAAUCAGAAUGGGACAGAACUUUCAACUCAGACAUACAGUCAAUUAAUCUACUGUCGUCAUCACCAGUAAACCUGGUAGCAUCACUCAAACUAGCUUUCUCCAUAUUUAUAAUGUAUUAAAUUAAAGCAACCCAUUUCGGCCGCGUGGUUAACAACUGACUGCUCUCAAAGCAGUGCCCCCAAUCACGCUGUGCGAUUCGUGCUGCACGGUUAACAGUUAGUCGCGCACCGUGUCGCUACGAAAACACUCCCAUUGGUUUCAAAGGGAUCGGUAGCUUUGGCAACCACGUGGCACGAAGCAGCUGUGUAACUGGCUUAACCGCGACGUUAGGAAAACGCCGCUUAAAAGCUCGGCUUGAUUCUGUGUGCCCAUAUUCUAUAAAAUACCCCAAAAUUCUGUAAAAAUGCAACUGUCUGAUUUUAUUAUCAUCUGAAUGUGGUAUGAUCCUAAUUCAUUCGGAUGAUUGGAGCUCUACUGUACUAAUUAAGUUCAUAGGCUUGUUGAUAGACUUAUCUACAUCCAAUCUGGGGAAUCCUAUUGUAUACUUUUGAAAAUUGAUCUAAAACAAAUUUAUUGUGUUCUUUUUUUUUAUUAAGGAAAUUGACAGGAAAGCAGG